CACCAUCACAAAUCAAACCCUCAGUCAGCGCCCGGCGGAGAGGAAGGAUGAGAUGAGCGGGAGAGAGCCUUAUGAUUCACAGGCUGAGAGCCCUCGCGACGCCAGGGGGCUUUAACAGCGAACAUCUAACAUUACAUCCGCCGCUCUCGCUUUUUUUUCUGUCCUUUUUUUUUUUUUUUUGACUGAUUCCUGAAGUCCCUUGAACAGGGCGGGAGAGGAGAUUCGCGCAGACCCGGAGAUCUCCGCCUGAUCCCCAGCAGUCAUCCUGCGCUCAGCGGUGCGUCGAGGCUGUCCGGGACGCGGAGCGCACCGCGCAGAACCGCACCAGCUCCACUGUGGGCUGAACACAGCUGCAUCUCUCCUGCAGAGCUGCUUCAUUUCUGCUGGAUUCCGACCCCAAGGGACAACCAUGAGGGCUCUCUCAGCAAACUUGUUCGCUUUGCUCUUAUUGUGCGCCCUCUCAAGUGUUUUCUACGUCUGGAGCGCACUGGAGAAUCGCUUGGAGAGACACAAGCGACGCUUCUCAGGACCGAGCCAGGAGUCCUUUCAGCAAGGUCCUUCAGAGGACCUUUCUGCUAAAACUUUCCGAGCGCUGCUUGCCGUUCCAGCUGCACAAAGGCAGAAGGUUCAAAACCUCAGCUACCCAUCUGCCUUUGUGGGAACCCGUGAUUAUCAUGUUAAUGGGAACAAGAGGUCAGCGCAAAGGGAGGCUCCGGUCAAGUUAGGCUCCCCAGUCGAUGAUGGGAUAUUCUGGAGCGACUGGCUGGAAGACCUCCUCCCUGUAAGAUUCACUGAGGGAUACGCAGAGGCUUGGAGAAACAAGGCAAGGACAUCCGCGGUUAUAAAGCUGGAGCCUGGAUGCGGCAGGGUGUCCAAUCAGCUGGCCACGUUUGCAGAUGGGACUAAAGCGUGUGUGCGCUACGGGAUCAACGCGGACCAGGUGCAGGGAGAAACUCUGACAUACUACCUGGCCGGUUUGCUGGGCAUCACCAAUCUGCCUCCGCUCAUUCUGUCACAGCUGAACGGCGACAGCGCGCAAUGGGCAGCUGUGAGGACGCGGAUGAGCCAUUUGCAGUGGAGCGAUGGAGCCGUUGUGUCUCUCACAGAGUGGAUCUCCAACCUGACGGGAGUGGUCACACCUGCGCCCCUCAGACAACAGAGCGUCGGGCUGAAUCCUGCGCUAAAGCGGCUGGAGAACCAAACCACAGCGGAGCUGCUGGAGCUGAUGCAGUGGAGCGACCUGAUCGUGUUCGACUACCUGACUGCCAACUUCGACAGACUGGUCAGCAAUCUGUUCAGCCUGCAGUGGGAUCCGCAUGUGAUGGAGAGGGACACGAAUAAUCUGCUGAGAACGCCGCACGGAGAUCUGGUGUUCAUAGACAAUGAGGCCGGGCUUGUGCACGGCUUUCGGGUGUUGAACCUGUGGGAGAAAUAUCACCAUUCAGUCCUGAGCUCCGUGUGCGUGUUUAGGAAAAGGACCACGCAGCGCGUGGCGGAGCUGCACAGGCGCAGGGACUCUCGGUGGAGGCUGCUGGAGCUUUAUAGGGACAGCGAGCCUUUGUCUCGAGAACUGGGGUUUCUGUCAGACGAACACGCUGCUGUUCUCCAGGACAGGAUAGACCGACUGUACAAACACAUCCUCCACUGCAAGGGAAAAUACAGACAGAUGUGAACAAUCAGAGCGCACUGGCGAUAGAUCUGUAUGGCAAGCCAUUGAUGCCAAGUAAUGGUGCU